AAUCCGAGGUCCCUGGUGACCAUCAGGCUGAGGGCGUCAAUGAUAACAACCCUAUAGACCAGCCGGUGAGUACUCUCCAACAGCUGCUGUCGUCGUUGUCAUCAACGAGCCCUCAUAAGAUUCACGAGGCAUGCUUGGCUGGCGACCUCGAUCGUAUCAAGCAACUCGUGAAAGCUGGUGCUUCCAUCAAUGCUCCCGUUACAGUAGCCUCCAUCGUGCGUGCUGGGGUACGUACUAUUGUGAAGAACCACGGAGGAGACCCUCUAGGGCUAUCGAGAGAUGGUUAUCACUGCUAUCAGAUGACCCCCAAUAGGAAGACUCGAAAGUGGAUUCGUAAAUGGCUUCAAAGCAAGGGGAUGGAAAUACCCGAUUUAAAGCAGUUAAAGCAGAGCCAACAGCAGAAGGAAUCAGAGAAAAAUAGGAGGGAAGAGCUGGGUUUGGCGAGUGACGACUCAACCGAGGAGGCCCUGGAGGGUUACAUUGCGGGUGUGCCGAAGGACGAUGAACUUUGA